CUUUCAUCAUAUCCCUUUCACGUGGGCGCCGAUCACAGUCGAGCAUACAUAAAGACCAGCUGGGCGACUACUAGUUGAUCUCAAGACUCGACUUCACCAUUGCAUUACCCCUUGACAUAUACUGUCGUUUUCUUCAGUUAUUUGGGUAGAUGGCUAUGUCAGCGUGAAUUCCACCUAGAAUACCCUAUUCUUAUCCAGCACUUCACUACGUAUCGCAAUGCCUGCGGUAAGCUUAUACCAGCUCGCCCGAAAGGCCUGCGUAAGAAACAUUAAUUCUAUACAAGAUAUCGGGGACAUUCCAUACGAAUUGAUUAGACCGGUUCUCAUCAAGCUAGAGAACCCCGCGCAACUGCGCUCCAUUGAAGAAAACUCUCCACAAAUCUGUGGACACGACGCGGAGAUAUGGAUGGAAUUCAUCAAGCGGGACGUUCCGCAAUGGGAAUCGAAACUCCAUGAGCCCAAGAAUCCAAAGAACUGGUAUAAAGUCUACAAAAAAUUACGAGACGAAAGCCAGGCUGAAGUCGAAAAAGAUGCGGAAAUGCUCAAAGCAGCUUUCGACGGCCUCAAGUCCGAAAAGGCCAAGCAUACAUCACGCGUGGUCGAUCCUUCGUCGGUCCCCAGGCUACCGCGCGACAGGGGCAUGCGUGUCGAAGGUGGCAGGGCAAAAGGCCCGGGUACUGUUCGAACUGGGAAUCAAUCACUUUUGAGCUUCGGCACAGGAUCACGCACAAAAACAAACACUGGAAAGAGCGUUAUGGAAAAGGCUCGUCGAGAAGCGCGCGAAAUGUCGCUAUUCAGUGUCCGCAAAAGUGUCCUCGCGACUCCGACCCACAGACUAUCGGAUAAAGCGACGCAAGUGAGGCACGUGCCGCGUGGGAUGUUGGACGAGCAUCGCCGGCCAACGACGCCUAGAUACAAUGACCCUUCAACUGCAUCCGAUGCUAAACCUGCUAUGAUCUAUGCCCCACGUAGAGGCAGCGUUGCUCGAUCGGGGGCGUCUGCUGGCGGCACGGGCAUGACAAGUGAAGAGCGGGAGCGGAGAUUAAGGGCUGUGGCGCAGGGAAAGCCCAUCGAGAGUUCUGGCCCGCCUUCCGGCUCUGUGAUAUCUGCAAGCAACGUGAAGCCUUCCAGCGCUCUAGGAAACACUACGCGUCCAUCUGACUCACGGCCUACCUUUCCGAGCUCUGCAUACAAGGCACCACCUAUUAGACCACCACCUCGUCCGCAAGGAGAGCCCAUCGAGAGGAAGAGACCCUCCGUGAACCCCUUUAUGCCAGCCAAAAAGCGUAGGCCUGCGUAAAUGAUUUGGCGAUUCAUAUUGCAUAGGUUUUAGGAUAAGAGUCAGAUGUUGCAUUUAUUCUGCCUAUACCAUGGCGUUUAUGGAUUUAGAGUUGAAAGGGAAUACAAUGCUGUUGGUUCGGCUUCUAGGAGUUGUCAAACACCCCAUGAACAUAUCUCUUAAGCGUAUAAUUUGCAGACAACGUGUGGAAAACCCAUUGAUUUCCGAAGAGCAUCAGUUCUUUUCAUAGAUUUUCACGGAAAC